UUCGUUUACCUUAAAUCAAGUAUUUUCUUUUCCGGUCUUCACCAUCUUUGUCUUCACCAUCUUUCUCUCUCUCUCUCUUCAAGCAGAGAAACGAAGAGAAAAGAAAGAAAGAAACAUCACUUCCCAAAAACCAAAAAUUGAAGUCAUGGUUUCCACCAGACGUAGUUCUGGAUCCAUCUCUUCUAACAACACCACCAACAAUAGUACCAGUAGUGUUAGCAACGGCGACAACAACGACAACAGCGACGAUAACAACAACAACAUUAACAACAACGACGACAACAACAACGACGAUAACAACAACGACGACAACAACAACAACACCACCACCACCACCACCACCACCACCAACAACAACAACAACAACAACAACAACAGCAGCAAACGAUCUCCUUCAUCAUCUGCUGAUAUUAAACCUCCUUCUCCUAAACGUCUCAAGGUUGUGUCGGAAAAAUUAAAAGAAACGUGUCAAGAUCCCGUUGAUAUUCCACCGUCGGAAGCUCCAAUCAAUGGCGGUGAUGUUGAAACCGAAGGAGUGGGUCCCAGUGUUCCAGCUUCGUCGCCGCCGAAACCUGAAGUUAAUACGCCUGCGGUAGUGGAACAAGCGAGAAGCUCGAAAAUAAUGGAGAAGUGGAACUGGUUUGAGACUUCUGCAACUCCUUGGUGUAGGCUCUUGUCACAGUUUAUUCAGAAUCAGACCAUAAAUAUUUCUGCGCCUGUUUAUACGAUUGGUUCAAGUAGACAAUGUAACCACAUGUUGAGAGAUCAAUCGGCGAAUGGAAUACUAUGCAAGAUAAUACAUACUCAGCGUGAAGGCUGCGUGAUUGCUGUUCUUGAAAGCAUAGGAAGUAAGGGAACUGUUUUUGUAAAUGGGACGCCUCUUACGAAGAACGACAGCCGUCCUAUGCAUUCUGGGGAUGAAGUGGUCUUUGGAUUGUCUGGAAAUCAUGCUUAUAUUUUCCAGCAUCUUGUGAUGGAUGUUACUCUAAAGGCACCUUUGUCAAUGGGAAAUGCGGAGGUUCAGAGCGCUGUUGGAAAAUAUUUUCGUGUUGAAAAAAGAUCAGGGGAUCCUUCAGCAGUUGCUGGGGCUUCCAUAUUGGCUUCUCUUUCAAAUUUGAGACCGAACCUGACUCAUUGGAGGCCUUCAGGUCUGAGUACCCCUAAGACACACCAAGAUAGUGAGCUUUCUACUCAUGCGGUUAUUGAGGAUGGAUCAGAGGCGGAGCAUGAUGGAAUGGAAGGCAACUCAACUCCCCCCGAUAUGGAGUGUGAUAAUGUCGCAGACCCCAAUGUGACAAUCAAGAACCUUCCUCUUGACUGCGACAUGGAUGGCUUAGAGGGAGGCAAUGUAGUAGAAGAAAGAAAUGAAUUGACGAGGGGUUCACAGCCAGCAUCAACAUCUGGUAUUUCUGUCAGAUGUGCGGCAUUCAGAGAAGAUAUCCAUGCCUGUAUCAUUGAUGGCAAUGCAGUUGAGGUUUCAUUUGAUGACUUCCCUUAUUAUUUGAGUGAAAAUACAAAAACCAUCCUGAUUGCUGCAUCUUACAUUCACCUGAAGCACAGACAGCAUGCAAAACUCACCUCAGACCUACCUACUGUCAGUCCAAGGAUUUUACUCUCAGGCCCUGCUGGUUCUGAGAUAUAUCAGGAGAUGCUAGCAAGAGCAUUAGCAAAGUACUUUGGGGCUAAGCUUCUUAUAUUUGACAGCCAUGUUUUUCUGGGUGGUUUGUCAACAAAAGAAGCAGAGCUUCUGAAAGAUGGUCUCAAUGUGGACGCAAAGAAAAUCCCCGAUUCAGCCGAACUGGAUAACAGUGCAUGUCCUGUUGGUGAAGCAGAUGCACCCAGUUCUUCUAAUUUACAUUCUUCUCAUAUAGAAGUGCAGCCAAAGCUGGAACCCUCACCCUCUUCUUCUAGCUCAUCUAAAAAUCACACAUUUAAAUUGGGUGACAGAGUGAAAUUCAUAGGUCAUAUUUCUGCUGUUAUACACUCAGGAGCACCUCCUUCAAGGUCAGGCAGGGGCCCAAUAUUUGGAAUGCGUGGCCUGGUUGUUUUACCUUUUGAAGAUAAUCCACUUUCCAAAAUUGGUGUCAGAUUUGACAAAUUAGUUCCUGGCGGUGUUGAUCUCGGAAGCACAUGUGAUGCGCAUCAUGGGUUCUUUUGCAAUGUCCAUGAUCUGCGUCUGGAGAACCCUGGCAUGGACGACCUGGACAAAUUACUGAUUAACACACUGUUUGAGGCCAUAUCAAGUGAGAGCAGAAGCUGCCCUUUCAUUUUAUUUAUCAAAGAUGCAGAGAAGUCUAUCGUGGGAAAUUCAGAAUCAUAUUCGACCUUCAAAAGCAGGCUGGAAAAGCUUCCAGAUAACGUUGUUGUGAUUGGCUCUCAUACUCAAAAUGACAACCGUAAAGAGAAGUCACAUCCUGGUGGUUUGUUCUUCACAAAGUUCGGCAGCAAUCAAACUGCUCUUUUGGACUUGGCUUUCCCAGAUAGUUUUGGAAGAUUACAUGAUAAAGGGAAAGAUGUUUCCCGAGCAACAAAGGCUGUCACGAAGCUUUUCCCAAAUAAAGUUACAAUUUACAUGCCUCAGGAUGAGGCCGUGCUUGCUAGUUUUAAGAAUCACUUAGAACGCGAUGCUGAAACCCUUAAAACGAAGAGUAAUCGGGGUCACCUGCGUACCGUUUUGAAUCGUACUGGCUUGGAAUGUGAAGAACUGGAUAAAUUUUAUGUCAGUGACCUGACACUUUCCAGUGAGAGUGCAGAGAAGGUAGUGGGAUGGGCUCUAACCCAUCAUCUGAGGCAGAUUCCCGAACCUGAGCCUGGUGCAACACUCAAUUUGUCUACUGAGAGCCUCAAGUAUGGGAUAUGUUUGCUACAGGCUACACAAAAUGAGCACAAAAGCUCAAAGAAGCCACUUAAGGAUGUAGUGACAGAAAAUGAAUUUGAGAAGCGACUUCUGGCAGAUGUUAUUCCACCGAAUGACAUCGGAGUAACAUUUGAUGAUAUUGGAGCCCUGGAAAAUGUAAAAGACACAUUGAAGGAACUAGUAAUGCUGCCUUUACAAAGGCCUGAACUCUUUUCCAAGGGGAACUUAACCAAGCCUUGCAAGGGUAUUCUUUUGUUUGGUCCUCCUGGUACUGGGAAGACGAUGCUUGCCAAGGCGGUGGCCACUGAAGCUGGUGCUAACUUCAUAAAUAUAUCGAUGUCAAGCAUUACCUCUAAGUGGUUUGGCGAGGGUGAAAAGUAUGUCAAGGCCGUUUUUUCACUUGCGAGUAAAAUUGCUCCGAGUGUUGUAUUUGUUGAUGAGGUUGAUAGCAUGUUAGGGCGUAGGGAAAAUCCUGGAGAACAUGAAGCUAUGCGUAAGAUGAAAAAUGAAUUUAUGGUGAACUGGGAUGGCUUGCGGACCAAAGAGAAAGAGCGGGUAUUGGUGCUUGCAGCCACAAACAGGCCUUUUGACCUUGAUGAAGCUGUCAUCCGUAGGCUUCCGCGCAGGCUGAUGGUUGACUUACCUGAUGCUCCAAAUAGAGCAAAGAUUCUAAAAGUGAUAUUGGCAAAAGAGGAUUUUUCUUCCAAUUUUGACUUUGAUGCAAUUGCCAACAUUACUGAUGGAUACUCUGGGAGUGAUCUUAAGAGCCUCUGUACGGUUGCUGCACAACUUCCAAUCAGAGAAUUAUUGGAGAAAGAAAAGCGGGACGACGCAGCAGCUAUAGCAGAAAGUCGACCUCUUCCACCUAGGCUUGGUGCUGCUGACUUGCGCUCUCUGAAUAUCGAUGAUUUUAGACGCGCACAUGAGCAGGUUUGUGCAAGUGUAUCCUCUGAGAGUUCUAAUAUGUCCGAGCUUCAACAAUGGAAUGAACAAUACGGUGAAGGAAAAUCAAGGAAGAAGUCGACACCCAGUUACUUCAUGUGAUUUUUUUUGUAUGUACAAAGGGUUCAUCUCUUUUUUUAUUUCCUCCCCCACCAUCUCUCUCUCUCUCUCUCUCUCAUCUCUGGUUCAGCUCAAUCAGAAGCAAUGCUGUGUUGUCUUGUGAAUCAUAGCUUCUAUAAGUUGUAAUUUUGGCACUCGCAUUACGUAUUCUUAGGAUAUGUAAUUCUGUAUAAAAGAGGGAAGGUGCCUAUUGAAUUCUCGGCACAUUUCUUCCCUUUGUUUCAUUCUUCUCCCCCACAAAGUUUCCUCUGUGAUUUAGAAGUUCUUAGGAGUGUAAGUUACUGAGGGUUGAGAAACUGAAGAUGUAAAGUAGGAAAUUGUGUUUAUGCUCUAUAGCACUUGACCACAUUCUUCAUUGUUACGAUUUACCAGCUAAUGAUAAAUGCUUACUGUUAAAAGUCUUUCGAGACUAUAUA